AUGCUCAAAUCGUUGGUUGUCCUCUCCCUGCUCGUCGGCUGCUCAUUUGCCGCAGUCGCAUCGCAAUGCUUAAAGACCGAAUCGAAGAAGGUCGAGCAAUGCACCAAAUUGCUUCAAGAUGAAGUAGCCGGAAUUCAAAAGAUGCUCGGCGCCAAGUUCGAUGCGACCGGCCGGAAGGAGUUGAAUGAUAACUGCAAGAAGGCUCAGGAGUGUUUCGGCGAUCUGAAGAAGAAGUGCCCGGAUUUCCCGAAAGACGCCACCGAGAUUUUGGACUACCUUUGCGGAAAAGUCGCUUUCAUCACGGGACCAUUCUCGGAGUGCAUGAAGAAGCUUGAAUCAGUUUCCACCACACCGACGCCGGGAUGCGCCAGCAAGAUCUUCAACAUCAAUUUCAUUGAGAAGCCAAAAACCGCGUGCGCCGAGUUCAAGCAAAGUCUCGCCUGUAAAUCGGAUGUCGGCAAAUUGUGCGACGCGAAAGCGGAGAAGGCCUACGCCGACGAGUAUCAGAAGGAUUUGAAGGCGUUCAAGUGCUAA